AUGGACGUUGAAAUGGAAGACGCAGUUACCACACCAAUAAAGCUUUCUGAAAAAGCUAAAGGAAAAUUAAAAGACACCUCGGGAGGAAGAAUAUCUGAGGAUGGAAAUUUGCCAUGGAUAGAGAAGUAUCGUCCCAAAACACUCGAAGAACUUGUUUCGCAUGAGGAAAUAACCUCCACAAUCGAAAGGUUCAUUGAAAACAAUCGCGUUCCGCAUUUAUUGUUUUAUGGACCGCCCGGAACAGGAAAAACAACAACUAUACUCGCGUUUGCUAGAAAGUUGUAUGGGCAAAAUUGGAGAAAUAUGACUAUGGAGCUAAACGCCUCAGAUGACCGGGGUAUAGAUGUGGUGAGGGAAGAAAUCAAAACCUACGCGAGUAUGGGUAGAAUAUUCAGUACCGGAUUCAAACUAAUUAUACUGGAUGAAGCCGAUUCCAUGACUUCUUCUGCACAAAACGCGUUGAGACGAAUCAUAGAAAAAUAUACAAAUAACGUUCGAUUUUGCAUCAUUUGCAAUUAUAUUUCAAAGAUAAUUCCAGCCAUUCAAUCUCGUUGUACAAAGUUUAGAUUCUCGCCCAUAGGUGAGGAACAAGUAAAUUCUCGCCUGGAAUACAUCAUUCAAUCCGAAAAGUAUAUAUUUCUUACUUCUCAG